AUGGAUUUUUCGAAUGGUAAAAAGCUGAAUGAGGGAAUGAAACUCAUUAUAGCAACAUUCGUAGGAAUAGUAAUCGGUUUCUUCUUGGGGAUAUCUUUCCCAACAUUGUCACUAACAAAACUAAAUUUCCCCUCUAGCAUUCUUCCUUCUGUUGAUAUUGCUUACGUAGAAGAUGAAACACCAGACACAUCGAGUGAAACGCUUUUGCACACAUGGUCAUCUAGGACUCCUUUACGUGGGGCUAACUCUAGUGAUGCACCGAAUUGGAAGAUUUGGGUUCCAUCGAAUCCUCGAGGUGCAGAGAUGUUGACUCCUGGAAUCAUUGCACCUGAAUCAGAUUACUACAUACGCAGACUUUGGGGAUUACCUGAGGAGGAUUUGCCUGUGAAGCCAAAGUAUCUCAUUGCUUUUACGGUCGGUUUUGGUCAGAAAGUAAACGUUGAUGCUUGUGUCAAGAAGUUUUCAGAAGAAAGCUUCACCCUUGUUCUGUUUCAUUACGAUGGACGAACCACAGAAUGGGACGAAUAUGAAUGGUCCAAGCGCGCAAUACACAUUAGCGUGCCAAAGCAAACCAAAUGGUGGUAUGCUAAAAGGUUUCUGCAUCCUGACAUUGUGGCACCGUAUGACUACAUAUUCAUCUGGGAUGAAGAUCUCGGCCUUGAAAACUUCAGUGUAGAAGAGUACAUCAGGCUUAUAAAGAAACACGGUCUAGAGAUAUCGCAGCCUGCUGUGGAGUCUAAGAAAAAGAUCACAUGGGAGAUAACAAAGAGAAAAACCAAAGGAGAAGUUCACAAAGAAGUCAAGGAGAAACCGGGUCGAUGCAACGACCCUCACUUGCCUCCCUGUGCAGCGUACGUAUUAUUAGUGUUCACUGUUCAUUACGAACAACAUAGAUCUAUUCAAUACUCUGAUUCCAUGUUUAUAGAGAUUAUGGCGCCAGUGUUCUCAAGAGAUGCCUGGCGUUGCGUGUGGCAUAUGCUUCAGAACGACUUGGUUCACGGUUGGGGUCUUGAUUUUGCUCUGCGUAAAUGCGUCGAGCCUGCACAUGAGAAGAUUGGAGUUGUGGAUUCUCAAUGGAUCAUUCAUCAAACUGUUCCUUCUUUAGGGAGCCAGGGAGAGUCACAUGACGGUAAAGCAGCGUGGCAAGGGCUAAUUGAUGAAAUGAUAAAUGGUUUUGGUGCAAAGGUGAGAGACAGAUGUAAACGGGAAUGGACAAUGUUCCAAAGCCGAAUGGCGAGUUCCGAGAAGAAGUAUCUGAAGGAGAUUGCAGCCGCCUCUUCAAACUCAACGAUUCAUUAG